AUGACAUCCGCCGGGGUGCUUGCUAAUCUGUUCUCACUCGCAGCCUGUGCGCUGCAAUCAUGUCUAAACAAGAACACGUACGCUCCUGACAGAUGCGACGACCACGUCCGCAAGCUGUAUAGAUGCUGCAUGCACAUGUAUCGCGAGACGAACGGAAAGGGCGAGUCGACAGCCUGCCCGAUGGAAAGCGUGGUGAAACGGUGGCUCAAACGCAAGGGACUAGACGUACAAUAG